UUAGGUUAAAAAUCAACCAUAUGGCAUCUGUAUAAAUUCAAGUGACUCAACCACCAAGAAGAUGACUCUUCACAAUUUUCAUGAAAAUUUAACGUUCGAUUACGAUGAACUGCUACUGUAGCAGAACCAAGUCUCGGCCCAGCCUCUCGGAAAGAAUCAACAGCAUUGUCACCAAGUAUGUCUAUCAGCCGCGAUACCGGCCCUUGGAAAGAUGUCCUGGCCCGGUUCGGACAUGCCACAGCCCCCCUCGGAGUAAUUCAAGACCAUGUUCCGUUCCAAAAGAAUUUAUACGGUCAGUUCCUGUCUCCCAUCAAUACGUUUCUACUCCCUGCAAGAAAUCUUAUCGUCCAUGUUCCUCAUCUUCCUACGAGCUAAUUUCGACUUGCAAAUACUCUCCAAGAACAGAAAGAACAGCCGCAAAUCCACCACCGUACCCAGGACCUAAUUUACGGCGGUAUCUGUCUACAAAAAAUAUCUGCCCGUCAUUAAAGGGCCGGCUGAUGCUCUACAAUUGCUACGACUCUGAAAUACCCCCAACUUAUCGAGCCACAUCCUCAUCGGCAGGUGUUCUACAUCCUAGAUGUUCUCUUCCUCCAGCUCGACCUCCACCUCUUCCGCGAACACCAACACCAACACUAGUCUGUCAAUGCAAGCCCGGAUAUUCAUAUUCGUAUUUACAUUCUCCGAGCAGGUUUACCUGUGAUAGUUUUCCUCGACUGAGAAAUAAAGAAUUGUUCAGGUGCGACGUAACCUGUCCGACUAGACAACAUCAUCCACUAAAAGAGCAUAAACGUGUUCUGUCACCUCGACAACGACCGUGUGUCGUUGGUUCAUACGAGCCGCCGUUCUCUUCGCCGCUUCUUGAAAGAGAGUUUACAACCAGGUUUGUCAGAGUACCCGUUAAUAAUUACUGUACCGACCUACCUGCCAGCCCAACAAUGUGCCCACGGAGAUAUGUUUGUUGAAGUUUACAUUAAAUUCAAGUAUGGAUGGAAAUUGAUGCUCCUUGUUCAUGAUUUAUGGUCAAAAUAUUCAACGUUUAUGGUAGUUAAUUUUUGAGUGUAAUAUGGAGCACGAAGAGGUGAAAAAAUUCGGCACGCAACCAUCAACCAGCAACGAAAUAGUAUGCAAACUACUAUAUUCAUAAAGAAGAUGUUAAACUCGAUGAGUAUUACACACAAGUUGGGAUAUUUUAAAAUCAAGGAGAAUUUAUAUCCCACGCCGCCGAGAUUUUCGUUAGCAUAACGACCAAGAGAUGGACUCGGCUCCCGCUGAUCGAAGGAGAAUAAAUAUAAGUAAUAAGUAAUAAAAAAUGAAGUAAAGUAAAGAUACACGACGCGUUACAAGAACCGCUACCGAAUAUUCUCUUUCGUUUUACUCGAUCGGAUUCUGUAUAGUAAUGAAUGGAGGAUGGGGGAUGCUCGCAGCUUAAAACACACGUAAUAUAACGAUCGCGGUGGGGUUUAGAACCAGCACCCAGAAGCAAGAGCCAGCGGGUGUGCUUCAUUUCAGCCUUCAGCGUGAUGUUGUAGUUCUCGAGUAUCUCGAAACUGGCUAAACACCCAGGUUACUUUUAUUUGCGGUGGAUUUUGUCUUGUGUUGGUGUACUGAAACUUAUUUGGGACUAUGCCCAUACCAGCAAAAGCAAAUCUUUAAGCCAGGCUGAGAGCUGAGAGCACGGACAUGUAAUUACUCAGGAAUGAGUUAUCGUGUGGCGUUGCACCUUCACGAAAACGUCCACGUUGGUGGAACUCGUAUGCUGGUGAACGGAACGACGACAGAGUAUAAAAUAUAAUGUAUGCUGAGGACAACCUGCCGCGUCUUACCGUUCCGA